GAAAAUGCUUUGUUCCUACUUGUAAGAAUGAUUCCAUAAAUAGCCCUGACAAAAUCUUUGUUCGUAUCAGAGAAGACUUACGAAAGAAGUGGUGUAUGGAAGCAAAUGCGGAAUAUUUCAAUGUACAAUUAUUGUAUUGCUGUGAAGAUCACUUUGAUCCAGUAGCAGAUUUGAAAAACUAUUUCAAGUACAAAUUAAUGAAUCAAGAGCCUAUUUUAAAGCCUACGGCUGUAUUGAAGAAUGUUGCCGCCUUUCCACAGGAACAGGAGAUUCCAACUACGUCACAAGACAGUCCCGAACUAUUGAAAAUGUUAUCAAUGGUCCAACCAGGCCCAUCUUCACGGAAAAUAAGAAAACUUGAUAAUGUCAUGCCCAGUACAAGUUCUGCUACUACACUACCAAUUAAGGUACAUGUAGCAACGCAGUGUAAAGUGAAAAUGGUGGAUUCAAGCACAAACUUAAGGCCUAGAAAACGAAAGGGGCCUCAGGGGGCAACUUCAUUUGAAGUACAUUCUUCACAGGAAUUUUCUUCAGCAACAACUCCCUCCCUGUUUGGUUAUACAUCAGAAACUGAAGAAACCACAUCAGAAAAGCCUAAACCUAAGAUGCAAAUGAGAAAUAAUGUUUUAGAAAUUAUUUUUAAAAAACCCAAGAUGUAUUUAGGAUUACCUCUACAAUAUUU